AUACCACGCCACAGCUGUUCGCGUCUAGAAACACAAAAUCGAGUUUUGUGACAACUUUGCAGAAUUUUUCACGCAUUUGUAAAUUUUACGUUGCCUGUGAAAUAUUAUGGAUACAACUUCCAGCAUAAAAUAAAAACAUAUUAUAUUCAUAUAUAAAAAACGAUUACUCAGUGUAGUGAGUAUAUUUUUAAUUCAGUAGCAGGUAGCCAACACUUGUGACGGAAACAUGCAGCAGAUGAUGGAAUCAAUGGAUGCUGCAGGUUCAGCUAAUGAAACUGAAACACCAGCAGACGCACCUGUACACAUGGAAACUGAUGAACCGAGCGAGCCUGCUGGCAUUACAAAUGCAGGAAACAACAACGCCAAUACUGAAGGCAAUAUCGAUAAUAUUGCUAGUGCCGAAACUGGCGCAACAACUACUGACGACACGAAUGAUAAUGGCAACGUAAAUGACAACGCUAGUCAAGCUAGUGAUCAACACAAUGGUGUGUCUUCAAGCACCGAUAUGCCACCACCACUACCGGCUGGCGCUGCGCCUGUGGGUGAAAAUGAAGCGGCUGCAACUACGCCUACGGGGCCACCAAUCGACGAAGAAGAUGCUAAGUGGCAUACAGUAGGCAUAUAUAAUGGUCUCAAUGCUACGGUUUCUUCGUACAUUGAUAACAGCAUAUGGUCGUCUUCGGGUUUAAAAUUAACUUCUAGAAACUUACCGGAUCUUACAACAAUUCAACGCAUUAAUCUUGAGCCUGGCACGGCGUACCGUUUUCGUUUGCGCGCCAUUAAUACCUGUGGCGCUAGUGACUGGAGUGAGAUAUCAAGUUUCAAAACUUGUUUACCUGGUUUUCCAGGCGCACCAUCGGCUAUUAAAAUCUCAAAAUCAUCAGAAGGUGCUCAUCUCACCUGGGAACCACCACCGAGCUGUGUAAAUUCCAAUGAAAUCAUCGAAUAUUCCGUUUAUUUGGCAGUUAAACCCGGCAAAGAUAAGGAUGGUAAGCCGAUUGGUGCUGGCGCACGUUUACCAGCUCAACUAGCAUUUGUACGCGUCUAUGUGGGUGCAGCUAAUCAAUGUACAGUGGCACAUUCGUCUUUGGCGACAGCGCAUGUAGAUUGCUCAAACAAGCCAGCUAUUAUAUUCCGCAUUGCGGCGCGAAAUGACAAAGGAUACGGACCGGCGACGCAGGUCAGGUGGUUGCAGGACCCAGUACAGAGUGGCUCAUCUCCGGGAAGUGGUUUGGCUGGCAGCGCAGGUAGCAUGCAGUCGCCAACGCGUAUCAAGCCGGAACUGGGAAGUGCAUCGCCGAAUAAACGUUUUAAAGGCAGUGGUGGAGCAAGUGGGGGUGGACGAACUGUUUUACCUUGAUUUGGUUGACAGUGAUUACGGAGCGCAUUCAUUAAUAAUUAGUUUAUAAGUAAGACUUAAUAAAUACAAAAAUAAAUUAAAAUUUCUGCUAUUUGUAAAAGCAGAUAGUCAAAUGUAAACAGUUGACAAAAAUUUCAAAAUCCAGCAAGGCAGGCCUCUCAGUUUCAUACAGCGUUUACAUUAUACUUCCCGAGAUUAUCUGUAACAAUAUUUAAAAAACAAAAUCCCGUAUGUUUGUAUGUCCAUGUACAAAAACAGUGAAUUAAUAAAGUAAUUUACGAACUUGCAUAA